CUUAGGCCCACGCCUCUCAAAAGGUCUGGACCGAAAUCUUCUCCUAUAAAAGGAGGUUUCGCCCCUCCAUUCCAUAUCAAGCCUUCUUCCGGGUCUUUAAGGCCCGGAGCUCCAUUCUCCUUUCUUUUCUUAGUUAUAUUUUAAUAUUUUAGUUUACUUUUGUUCCGGUUGUCCCAAAGUGACUCCGACUCUGCUUUCGAUUAAGUCUAAGCUCUACCGUCUUCCACCUAAUUCUGCUUUGCGUGUAAAUCAGUAAAGCCACCAUUGUAUAAGAAUAUGUUGCGCAAAUCAAUCCCAAUUGCUCGGAAGAAUGUAUAGUCAUGGACACAGAUUUUGCUUUACGGGUUGAUCGUGCAUUGUUUGUAUCUAAGAAUGAUGGCGGAAGUUAAAACGUUGAAUCCUGCUCCGCCGCCCCUCAACCCACCGCCGCCGGGUCUUAGCCGCUUCCCGGCUCUCAAUCCUCCACACAAGACCCUGACUUUUCAUCAGAUAUUGGUCCUUCUCCUCACCUUCGCAGCUUACGCCGCCUUCCACGCUUCCCGCAAACCUCCAAGCAUUGUUAAAUCUGUGAUCGGCCCAGAUCCCAAAACCCUCAACACCUCCAGCAUCAGUAAGGCGGCAGGGAAUUUCACCGGAUGGUCACCGUUCGACGGCCCAAGCGGACCUCACAGACUUGGGGAGCUCGAUCUGGCCUUUCUGUUAUCUUACUCUGUGGGGAUGUAUUUCGCGGGUCAUAUAGGUGAUACCAUUGAUCUGAGGCUUUUCUUGACAUUGGGAAUGGUGGGGAGUGGGGUAUUUGUUACAGCCUUUGGGUUGGGUUAUUUUCUUGAUGUGCAUAGGCUGUCGUUCUUCGUGGGUGUUCAGGUUUUGUGUGGAUUGUUUCAGUCAAUCGGGUGGCCUUGCGUGGUUGCAGUGCUGGGGAAUUGGUUUGGGAAGGCGAAGAGGGGGCUCAUAAUGGGGGUCUGGAAUUCCCACACCUCCGUAGGGAACAUCAUAGGCUCCCUAGUUGCCUCCUCAGUUUUGGGUUUUGGCUGGGGAUGGUCCUUCGUGUUGCCUGGGGUUUUCAUUGUGGCCAUGGCAAUCCCAGUCCAUCUGUUUCUUGUUGUGAGACCCCAAGAUAUUGGGUUUGAAAUCGCAGCCAGGACAAAUGCAGAGGGAGUGGCAUUGGUGAACUGCGAGGAUGGAGGGGAUGUAGUGGUGGAAGAGUGUAUUAAGAGUGAUGGAGCAGGCUCUGUACCUAUUGGGUUCUUGGAGGCAUGGAAGCUACCAGGGGUUGCCCAAUUCGCACUCUGUCUGUUCUUCUCAAAGCUUGUGGCUUACACAUUUCUGUAUUGGCUGCCCUUCUACAUAAGGCAUACACCAGUUGCUGGAGUGCACUUGUCACACAAAAAUGCAGGAAUCAUUUCAUCAGUAUUUGACAUUGGAGGGGUGAUUGGAGGGAUCUUGGCGGGAGUUAUUUCCGAUUUUCUUGAAGCCCGGGCGAUGACAUCAGCUGUGUUCUUGCUGAUGUCGAUUCCGGCUCUGGUUCUGUAUCGCAUUUAUGGGAGCACAUCCAUGUUCACUAAUGUGGCAUUGAUGCUUGUUUCUGGUUCGCUCGUCAAUGGGCCCUACGCUCUCAUCACAACCGCAGUGGCAGCUGACCUGGGCAGCAGCACUCGGGCUGGGAACUCCCGUGCUUUGGCUACUGUGACUGCUAUCAUAGAUGGGACUGGUUCUGUGGGAGCCGCACUGGGCCCACUCCUCGCGGGGUAUAUAUCAACUAGAGGGUGGAACAGUGUCUUUUUCAUGCUUAUUCUCUCGUUAUCUAUUGCAGGGUUGUUAUUGCUCCCUGUUGUGAGAAAAGACAUUGAGGACAAGAUGAAGGAGGGGAAAUGGCUUUGGUUUACAAGGAUUGUCAUGCACUAAUUCUUUAUAUAUUAGCUGUGUCAUGCCAUGCCAUGCUUUGCCUUUGGAUACCCAUAGUUUCUUUGUGUUUGGUUUCAUCAUAUAUCUCAUAAAGCUCAAUUCACAAAAUGUAUUGUAAUUGGAGAAUACACACACGAAAACGCCUUAACACAACUCCAGGUGACACUACAUGGAUGUUUUUUUUGUAUUUUAUGGGCAUACAAACUCGUGCGAUUCACGGGAAUAAAUUUUAUCAAAAUUU